AUGAUUGGAAGUAAAGUCAGGGGAAGUCGAAAACUAUUUUGGAAGAAUGUGAGGCUGGAGUGCGAGCGCUUGCUUGAAGACCAUCUCACAUUGAGCAAGUGGGAACUUCUUACUGCUAUGCAAGCUGUCUGCAUUUAUAUCCUGGUUCGACUGGAUGAGGGUGCGACGGAUGAAAAUGAUUUUGAUUCUUUGUUGCUUGCAGCUGUAUUUGUCACGCUGACAGCCUGGAUCAAAAAUGGGAAGAUUGGAUUUUCGAAGAGUCGGAACGAAGUUUACUUCGAACCAGCGUCCAUGUGCGAUAUGUCCUCGGUUUUCGUGAUAGCCCCAUUACCAGGCCCCAAAGGACUAUGGGAAGCAAAUGAUGAGCUCUCAUGGCAUGUGGAGAGCAAAAACGUUGCCAAAAUUCAGCCUUCCUUUGGAUUGACCAAGAAUGGUCAGGUGGUCAAGCUGCACGAACUUGAGCCAAAUCAUAUGCAUACUUUACCGGGGUCUUAUCCUUUGAAUGUCUCCAAAUCGGAAAGCGCUGAGAAUUGGGAGGAAUGGUGCUCGGGUAUGGAUGGCCUUGGUGGGAUUAUUAUGCUUGCUGCUUCUUUGAUAGUCUAG